AUGAAUAAGAAAGGAUAUUCUUCUGCUACCAUAUUUGUUUCUGUGUCCACUUUAAUUAGACUAAAAAUCACAAAUGUAGUAUACAAAGCAGAAGAUAGAGUUGAUUCAACUCUAAGAAGGAUCAUUCUAGCAGAUCGAGAGGACAAGUGGCAAAAGGCUUGUACAUCCUUUUAUGAAGAAUUGUUGAAAGUGGAACAACAAGUUUAUUUUCUCAACAGAGAGGUGAUGUUGAUCGAGUUUAACAACCAUGGAAGCAAAUCUGCAGAAUUAGCAACAACUACCUCCUCACCGGAAAAAAUUACUAUCGAGGAAAAUACUAUUAUUGGGAUGGAGGAUGAAUUCAACACUAUAUUUAAUCGCCUCAUUGCCCCAACAGACAAGUUAGUGGUUAUAUCAAUUGUUGGUAUGGGCGGUAUAGGUAAGACAAGUCUUGCUAGAAAAGUUUAUGAUAAUUCCUAUAUUCGUUCUCGAUUUGAUAAACAUGCAUGGGUCACUGUCUCUGAAGAAUACAAUAAGAGACAAAUGCUUCUUGAAGUUGUUUCUUCAAUUACUGGAAGCAACCAAGAAAUGAGCAAUGACAAACUAAUGGAGAUUGUGUAUAGAGGUCUCAAGGGUAGGAGAUUUCUAAUUGUCAUAGAUGAUAUUUGGAGUACUGAGGCUUGGGACCAAAUGCAAAGAAUAUUUCCAAAUGAUGACAAUAGAAGUCGAAUUCUAUUAACCACUCGGCUCAAGUAUGUUGCUGAUUAUGUCAAUUUCCCUGAUUAUCCGCCUCAUAGUAAGUCCUUUCUAAGUCUUGAUGAUAGUUGGAAUCUAUUCACCGAGAAAGUAUUCAAAAAAGAUCCAUGUCCUCAUCUACUAGAAGAAAUAGGGAAGCAUAUUGUACAACAAUGUCGAGGAUUACCUCUCUCAGUGGUUGUCGUUGCUGGACUUGUUGGAAAAAUGGACCCAACGUAUGAUAAUUGGAAGAAUGUUGAGGAAAAUCUGAAGUCAUUCUUUGGUACGGUGUCCAAACGGUGCCAAUCAAUUCUUUCUCUGAGCUACAAUUACUUGCCCCAAUAUUUGAAGGCUUGCUUUCUCUAUGUUGGAGUUUUUCCAGAAGACAGAGAGAUAGAUGUUUCCAAGUUGAUUAGACUAUGGAUUGCUGAGCAAUUCAUAAAGGCAAGAAGCAAUAAAAGGUUAGAAGUGGUUGCACUCAUCUAG